AUGUUCCACUUAUUAUGUUUGUUGAUAAAGAUUACGAAUGGAUUUCCAACUACAGAUCUUAUGGAAGGCACCGGUACUUUAAAUGUAAAUUGGUAAAAACAAGAUUCUAGUCCAUUUACCUCAUAAUUUUCUUGCGACAUUGGAGUAUUGAUGGGGCCUUUUAUGGGAUAGGUCGACAGAAACAUUAAAAAAACAUUUACAAAUCUCUAGCCUCAUUAUUCAUUAUAAGUUUCUUUAGAUAUUUUAUACAGAGAAUAUUGGUCAGGAAUUUCGAAUUUUGUAAACAUUAUAAUAGAUUCGUAAAUAAUUUAUACUGAUUCCUCAAUAACUACUUCCAAUUUCAAUACCCCGAAUGAUUAUUGUAAGACAAAUGCAUUUUUAAUAUUUUUGUAUAAUUAACAAUUAACUACAUUAAGGAAGAGCAUAAGUCAUUCAAAUGCUAAUCUGUAAUUGGAGAUUAAAUCUAGUUUCCAAUGCAGCCUAUUAUCAUUAUAUACAGUAUGUGAGAAAUUAUUAGUUAAAAAUGUUGUCCUCUCUCCUUAGUUAUGUCAUUUUACUUGUUUAACAUGCACUGGCCCAAACAACAAUGAUUGCUUAACAUGUCCUAACGGCACAACAUAAAAUGGAAAGUGUCUUUGUUAAAUUGGAUAUUCUGCCUACAAUUAUUAAUGUGUUUAAACUUGCCCCUAAUAUUAUAAAACUCAGAAUUAAGAAUGUUAAUUAAAUUGCUCUUUAAAUUGUUAAAAUUGUGUAGGGUAAAAAUGCAAUACUUGUGAAAGUGGAUAUAUUCUACAUAUGGGUUAAUGUGUUACUGCAUGUCCUAAAAGUAGCACUCUACAAAGUAGUGUUUGUGUAGACUAUUCAGAGCAAUCAGCAUUUGGAUCUCAAUAUAUCGGAAAGUAUUUUGAUAGUUUAGAUAUUGAUCUAUUAAGUUAAAUUAACGCAUUUACUUUCACAUUUAAUCCUGCAUUCUCAAAAUUAACAGGAUAGAUAUUCUCAACUUACAAUAACUAAUAUUUAUUAGGAGGCUAUGGUGUUUGGAGUAAUGGAUAAUUUACUACUGAAUUUAAUGGGCUUCCUGCACACAAUAAAAUAAGAAUAUAUUUAACAGCUUGGUUUAUUGAUAAUUGGACAAAUCAACAAUUUAUGAUAAAAUUAGAUGGCAACACAAUUUAUUAAGUGUCUUAUUAACCAGCCAAGGCAAUUAAUAAUCUAUUUUAUUUAGGCGCUAAGGAUUAUAUUGAAAACAUUAAUCUUAGUGUUGAUCAUACAUCAAAUUCAGCUUAAUUAACAUUUUAAGCUACAUUGUCUGUUUCUUCAUUUUAAGCCAGUUUAGCUCUAAGUAACAUCUAUAUUUUGAUUGAUUAUUGUGACAAUAAUUGCGAUGUCUGUUCAAAUACUUAAUGCACUACAUGUAAGAGUCCGUAUUAAUUAAUUCAUAACAAAUGUGGACUUUGUGAUUCUUCUAAUUUUAGAAAUAAUGAUUGUUCCUGCUAAACAGGUUAUUAUGAUGACAAUGUCGAUUAACAAUGUUAAAAGUGCAAACAAGAAUGUGAAACAUGUCUUGAUGCGACUAGUUGUACUCAAUGUAAACUAGGUUCUAACUUAAUAAUAUUGCCUAAUUGCAUGAAUUGUAAUACUGGUUUUUAUUAUCAAAAUGGAAUAUGCUCUAAAUGCGAUCCAAAAUGUAUCGCUUGUUUUGGAAGUAGUAAAUCUGAAUGUUUAUCAUGCUCGACAGGUUAAAUUUUGAAUACCAAUAAUGAAUGCCAAACAUGUUUGUCGAAUUAAUUUAUUUAAAAUAAUACUUGUUAAGAUUGUUAAUACAAUUGCUAAACUUGUAGUGAUACAUAACAAUGCUUGACUUGUACAGAUGCUAGGAUAAAUGCUCCUUUUUGUGUUUGUUAAAUAGGUUACUACGAAAACAUUCAUAAGUCUUGUUAACCAUGUAACUUUCGAUGUUCUACUUGUGAAACCUCUAGAGAUAAUUGUUUAACUUGUUCAGGAAAUAGAUAAAAUCCCCCCUUAUGUAAUUGCCUUAAUGACUCUGGUUCGAAUGAUAGUUCUAUUUGGUGCACAGAUUGUGAUGUUGUUAAUUUAGAUGUGAAAAUGAAUUAUAAUUCCAAAAAAUUGAUUAUCAAUUUUGGAAAGAAAAUUAAACGAAUGUCGCCUGAUUGUUCCGCAUUUUUUGAAUAAUCAACCCUUUAAAAUUUAGGAAUGAAUCCUAGUUGCUUUGUUAAUUCUUAAUAAAUUCAGGUGCUCUUGGGUUCAAAUGCAACAAUUUAUUUUGGAUCAUCCAUCAAUUUUAAGAAGAAUAUCAUUAAAUUUGAAGAUUGCCAAAAUACCUUAUCUUAAUUUUUGAAUAAUAUCUUAACUAGUAACUCAGAUAUAGAGGCUCCUAUAAUAGUAUUUUCUAAAAACUCAGUUCUGUUGUCAGCUUGUGCUCAUACUCCAGAUGUAAUCUAUUAAAUCAAAACAUAAAAUUUUGGGAAUAAUCAAAUAACUUUUAUUGAUUGGAGGUUGGUUAGAGUCACUAAACAAGAUCCUAAAAUUAUUGAAUUUCUUGAUAAAUUAAAAAGUUAGUUUAAGAAUCAAAAUCAAAAUCAACAUAUCUUCUUUGAAUUUACAAAUGACUUAUUAGAAAUGGAAAAUGAUAUUUUAUUAGAAUUAGAAUACUAAAAUUUCUUAGGAAUUUAAGGAAGUAGUUUUAUCACAAUAAAAUAAUUGUCAACAAAGCUAAUUUUGAAUGUUUAAACCCAAAGAAACGAAUAUUUGACUUCUUAAUUUAUUUAAAUCUCUAUAUAAGUCUCUCAUUGCUCCGAUGUUCUUUCAAAUGACACCAAAUUUAAUAUAUCAACCAUGAUUGGCACUCUUAAAAAGGAAGUUGAAAUUGUAGUUGGAGACUAUUAUAACUAUACGAUAGAACCGUAUCUAUUGAAUACUGGUCUCUAUUAGUUAAAUAUCCAAGUGAGUAAUUAAGAAACUAUAGAUUUAGAAUAGAAUUUUUAGAUUUACAUUUCAAGUGAAUAACCUGAGUUAGAACUAGCGACUUAAUCAAACUUCUUAGGCUAUUCGUAAUAAUUAAACAUAUUUGGAAAAAUGCUGAAUGCAGCAUAGCAAAAUCAAGUAUUUAAUUGGGAUUGUUUUGAUCUUACUUCAAAUUCUGAAUGUUUAACCUAAAAUCAAAGCCUACUGAUUCUACCUGAUUCUUCAACUCUGACAAUCUAGCCUAAUACUUUGAUUCCUUUUUCUAUUUAUUUGUUCGUAGCUCGCUAUCAAGAUUUACAAUAAUAGAUUACAAUAACUGUUGUUGAAUCCAGUGUCCAAAAAUACAAUAUGAAUCAUAUCCAGAUAUUAAUGAUGGAUACAUAAACUACUAUGAUUAACUACUUUUUAAAUUUAAAUAUCUUGAAAUAGUCCAAAAUCCUGAUAUGUUAUUAUAUACUGCCAUAUUGGCAAAUUCAGACUUAUUGA